AUGUCGAGCCCUCACCAUUUUCAUAUUAGACGGAGUCUCGAUUCCUUCGCCAGUUUUUUGCGCCAUGCUUCCCAAAUCCAAAAUCUCAAAGCCAUUAAGAAGCUUCACGCCCAACUGCUUAGAACUCACUUCCAAUUUUCCUCCCCGGAUCUUCACUCUAAGCUUAUACUAUCCUACUCCCAAAUCAUCCCCAAUUUUGAUGCGCUAAGCUUAAGCAGCUUCUUCAAAUGCAUAAUCCCCAGAAGUUCUUUAACCUUCAACGUAAUGAUUUCUGACUUUUAUCGACAUGGGUUUCCAGAUUUUUCGUUAAUGGCGUUGUCUUUCAUGCAUUCCAAUGGGGUCCCUAUCGAUACGUAUGCCCUCUGCAGCUCUUUGAGUGCUUGUUCUCUUGUUCAGAAUCCCGUGUAUGGAAAACAGAUGCACGCCUUCGUGGGGAAAUCAGGUUGGUUAUGUAGUGUUUUUGUGGGGAGUGCGAUUGUCGAUAUGUAUGCAAAAAAUUCGCUGAUUAAUGAUGCAGUGAAAGUGUUUGAUGAAAUUCCUGUGAAGAAUACGGUGUGCGCAAAUGCAUUAUUGGCUGGAUAUGGCGACGCUAGCAUGUGGAUUGAUGGACUUGAAUUGCUACGGAAGAUGUACGUUUUGGAUUUGAAGUAUGACCAGUUCACUCUAUCAGCUUCUUUACGUGCGUGCACUGGUUUAUCUGCAAUUGCUUUAGGUAAGCAAGUGCAUGCUUAUCUACUACGAACGGUUUAUGAUAUUUCGAGUGAUGUUCAUCUACAAAGCACAUUGAUUGAAAUGUAUGGGAAGAGUGGCAUGGUGGAAAAAGCAUGGAAUGUGUUCGUUUUCGCAGGACUUGGACAAAAAGAAGAUGGGAAAAGGGAUAUUAUAAUGUGGACUUCUAUGCUUAGUGCAUAUGGUAGAAACGGAUGUUACAUAAGAGUAAUUGAAUUGUACAACCAGAUGUUGAUGGAAGGGAUCAAACCAGAUAGGGUGGCUUUUGUGACAGUGAUAUCAGCUUGUGGUCACACUGGUCAGGUGAAUCUUGGAGUCAAGUAUUUUGACUCCAUGCAGAGUGUUUUUGGGUUGGAACCUGGUCAAGAGCACUAUAGUUGUUUGGUUGACUUGCUCUGUAGAGCUGGGGAAUUGGAAAAAGCAUGGAAGCUUGUAAGUGGUAUGAAAAGUAGCGAUUACAAUGUACCUCUAUGGGGUGCUUUACUCCGAGCUUGCUUGGAACAUGGAAAUAUUAAGUUGGGUAAUUUGGCAGCUCGUAGGGCACUUGAAUUGGAUCCUACGAACGCUGGGAUAUUCGUUAUGCUAUCAAAUUUGUAUUCUGGUUUUGGCUUGUGGAAUGAGAUAGAGCAUUUGAGGGGAUUUGUGAGAAGGGAAGGGCUGCAUAAAGGUGUUGGAUGUAGCUGGAUAGAGACCACAAGUUGAGCAUUUCUCAAAUAACCUUACGCAAAUGUUGAACUAAGAGCGUGUAGGGGGGUCUCUUCUCAUUGAGCCCGCUUGGAUAUUUGGGUUGGGUCAAGCCAGUUCGUAAAGAAGCUAGUUCGAGAUUGAUUGCUUAUUGAAAACGAACCCUCAUUGAAAAAAGAAAUUUGAUUAGGCCCUAUCUUAGGGUCAUUCCUAAAGCCAUGAGAAUUGGUCAGAAAAUCGUUAUCAUAAGGAAUCGGAGGAAGAUUCGACGAUUUUUUUCAGUAACUUUGUUUUAUGGGAAAUGGUUUAUUGUGAGGUGCUACGAUGAAAAUUGUUUCAUUGAGCCUUAGAGAGUAGCUUGUAUCAUUGUUAUCCAGCAUCACUGCUCAAUUGUCAUGCUAUAUAACACAAAGAGAGUUCUCAACUUUAGUGAGCAAAAUAAGAGGGUGAAAGUACAAGUUCUCAGAUUAUUCAUAUCUACGGAUCUCCCUCUACAUAGUUCAGUACUUGUAUAACUCGCCCUACCGCCACCAUCUGCUUUAUAAUUUUUGUAACUACCUUAGUUCCCAUAUGUACAAAGAUGCUUCCCAGUCAUGUUAACUGGCUAGUCAAACACAUACCCUCCCUUCUUCCUCGUAAAGCACGUAAUCUUGGCAUUUUGCCAACUCAAUCAUCAAAUGACCUGCGGCCUUGGCUCUCCUCCCCCUGUACAUCUUGUUAGGAACUACGAAUCUCCACAAUGGUAUGAUAUUGUCCACUUUAAG